AUGGUCCUUGAGACUGGCUUCUCCGCGGUUGCGCGGUUGAACCCGUAUCCGGGACAAGCGGAGAUCAUCACUCUGGACAAAAAGACAUGGAGGAACUAUAAGCCGAGCGCAAAGGAGAUCUCCUAUAAGGGGAGGUGGGACGACAAGCAUAUUUCUUGGUGGUCGGCUCCUGGAUUCAAGCUUGCAUUCACGGGUGCCAAGCUUGCUUUGUCCUUUGGCCAAUACACCAGUCAAGGAGUCCUCGUGGCAUACAGACUGGGUGGCCAGGACUGGCAAUUCUCCAAUGUCACUGCCAAUGCGACAUAUCAAUUUAUUGGCCCGACCACCACGGGGCUCAAUCUCACUAAUGCCGGCGACGCAAAGUCGUUUGAGCUGAGAGGUAGGCACUUACAAACUGGGCCUACGGAUACGUGUCCCCGCUCCGUAUACCGCAGGAAUUUACUGACCAUGAGCACAAUUCAGCUAGCCGGUGUAUCCGUCGCAGCAGAUGCAACGAUUUCCAGGAUCGACGAGUACCCGAAGAUGGUAGAAAUCAUCGGAGACUCGCUGAGCUCCGGUGACUUCGCUACAUACGAAGGACUGUCCUCAUGGGCGUAUGAUUUUGCAGCCGGACUCGGCAACGUAGAAUACAGCAUUACUGCCUAUCCGGGUAUCUGCCUCCACGACCAGAAUUGCUGGGGAAACCCCCGUGGUCAGGCCUACCAAUGGUACCGCACCUCUGACACGUCCUGGCGGGCACACGAGAUCUACGGCGACAAUCCACCCAAGUGGAACUUCGCAGCUCAGCGCCCAGCUGAUCUGGUGGUCAUCAACAUCGGCACAAACGACAACAACCCGGCGAACAAUGUAUCGAGCACAGACUACUACAACGACUACAUCACUCUUGUGGGCAAUAUUCACAAGAUCUGGCCCAAGGCCGAUAUCGUUCUGAUGUCGCUGUGGGGUGGCUUCGGUGCUUCGGGGGAUACAUACGUGCAGGGUCCUUUAUGGGUGGAUGAGAUCAAGCGGGUCUACCAGCACUACGAGAAGCAGGGGUUCAUCCAUUAUUUCGACACGGCGGGGAUCCUGCAGCACAACGACAUCGCGCCGCAGUGGCAUCCCACGGAUGUUGGACAUCUGAAGAUUGCCGCGCAUCUGAUGCAGUGGGUGAAGUUGAAGUUUGGGUGGGAAUUUGGGGCUACCGGCCCCGAGGUGUAUCACGGAACUUUGUACUGGAAUGAUCAGGCAAAUUACUAG